AGCUCUACUGCGUUCUGUGAAAUAGAAUUUAUAUUGAAUAGAAGUAAAAAUAUUUGAUCUGAAUAUUAAAAUUGAUAAUCGCACAGAAUCAUUUUUAAAUAAUGUAUUCUUACCAGAUCUGUGGUGUUCUGUGGAUAAUCGUGGGUUCAAUCCUUAUUAUAACUAACAUAUUAUAUAAAAUAUCGUACGAAAUGGGAUUAAAAUCUAUAUCACUCGUUGAAGGCACACACGUUUAUAAGAUAUGGGCAUCACCUAUAACUUUAUCGUUCGCAUGUUAUUUUUUUAAUGUUACAAAUCCGGACGAAGUUAUGCAAGGAGAGCAUCCUAGAUUAGUCGAAUAUGGCCCACUGACUUACGACGAAAUAUAUGAGAAACAGGUGAUUGAUGUCGAUGAAGAGAUGGACGAAAUCAAAUACACCACAAAGUCGACUUACACAUUUAACAAGGCUAAGAGCAUCGACAUAUCUAAUCGUGAAAAAGUUACAAUAUUAAAUCCGGCAUACAUUGGCACAAUAUCUAUGUUAUCAUCUUUGCCUCCUAAUUAUAUGGAAAAGUACGGUGAUCAUAUACCGAAAUUAUUCCCGGAUCGAAAUAGCAUUUUUCUGAAAGCUCGCCCUACCGAUAUACUUUUCGGCGGAGUUAAAAUUUCGUGCAAUCUGAAGAAAUUCCCUGAGCUGGACCUAGUCUGCAAAACGAUGAACGCUAGUCCUCCAAUUGUUUUGAGAAAAACCGAAAAGGAAGACACUUACCUCCUCAGUCUCUUCCAGAGGUCAAAUAAUACUCUUCGUGGACCGUUUACUAUCAACAGAGGUUUCAAAGUUAUAACUAGUUUAGGCAAUAUAACGUCUUAUCAAGGAGAGAAAAUACAAUCAAUAUGGAAUUCUGAUGUUUGCAACACAGUGCGGGGGACUGAUUCUGUUAAUUGGGCACCAUUAAUAGAACCAUUACCUUUCGUCGUAUCGUUUGUUCCAGAGAUGUGCAGAGCAAUGGAAGCAGAUUAUUCGGAAGACGUCUCGAUCCUCCGCAUGACUGGGUCACGAUUUGUCAUCAAAGAGAGAGUAUGGUUUUUGAACGCGUCAGAAUGCUACUGUUUAUUAAAAGACAAAAAUCCUCGAUGUUUGCCGCAAGGUUUAAUCGAUGUCACGGAGUGUCAGAAAGUACCUGCAAUCUUAUCAGAGCCGCACUUUUUACACGGUGACCCGGAGUUAUUGAUGUACGCCCACGGUUUGCAACCAGACGAAAAUCUUCAUGCGACGUAUAUUACUAUCGAGCCACUUACCGGAACCCCACUCUUUGGGACAAAGAAAAGUCAAGUGAAUCUGGAACUGACCAAGCAACCAGUGAAAUUACUGUCGAACGUCAGCGAAGGAUUUUUCCCUAUUGUUUGGUGUGAAAAUGUAGAUUUUUACAGAUCAGUACAAAGUUUCUAUUUUCUCAAAAAGAUUCCUCUCAUAGUUGGAAUUUAUAUUAUUAUCAUGACGUCGCUGUACUGCAACUGUACAAGACGCAAAGUGAAGCCGACUGUUACAAUCGCGGAGUCGGUACUGAUAUCGUCGAAUUCGGGAUCGAACGACCCCGCGCAGGAAUUCCCGCAACGAGGUACACGAGCGUUCGAGUGA